AUGACGACGCAGGAGGACACUCUCGGGGGACUCCUCGUCUCCGUCAGACAGUACCUACAAACCCCGGUCAUCGAACGCACGGAGGACCCGCCAGGAAGUGGACGAAAGAAGAAGUCUGCGUCGCACGUGCUUGAGACUGCUCGAAUACCGAAGACGCAAUCACAGGUUCCGUCAACAAAAUGUGGCAGCUAUUCGUGCCAGCGGAAACGCCUACAGAGGGGACCGACGGAAGAGAGUCGCCCAAUCGCCAACGAAAAGCGACGCUUGAAAAGUCAUCGCCGGCACCUGAGAACCACGGUGUCGCGAAGAAGAUAUGGCAACUGUUCAAGCCUCCGGUUGCCUCCACAAGUGGGGCACCAAAGGAUGGCACAGGGAAGAAAUCCCCCAACCGUGACCCGAUCUGUUCGUGUGAUGCUGAAUCGCCGACGCGUCCGCGCAAAGGUGAUACCAGGUCAGCUGGAAGAAAAAGUGCGUCUUCAGUGCAUUUCAAAGCCAACAUCCUGCCAAGUGCGAAAGACGCAGAGGCUCCGAGGCCUGUGUGCACAUGUGACGAUUUUUCGUCGACUCUGCAGCCAGGUUCGCUUCAAGUCAAAAAACGAAGAGCAGCAUUUCUCGCCCUCACCUGCUUCUGGCUGCUUGGGACAGUUUGCGUCACCCUGA